UAGAUAACAAGAGUUAAAUAAAAGUAGGUGGCAGUAUCCCAGUCAUAGUUACUUACAUACAAGUAUCAUUAAAAAUGGCAUUCAAGUCUGUGGUCUUCUGCAUGUUUGCAGUUUUAGUUCAGCAGUCUCUAGCUGGGCCGUAUUACCUCCCAAAAUCAUCAAGCUGCGGCUGCAGCUCUGGGAACGUGAUUGUCAAAGGAAUCGAUGUAAUCGAAGAUAUAUGUUAUAAGCCCAUCAAAAGCUACUCAAGCAAUUGCGUGUCUAUCGAUAUCCCGAACAAUGGAGGGGCACUGGCUAUUACCAGCAUUGGCCCCAUCGCACCCUCCGGCAUCGCUGUAGCCACGGACCUGGAUCUGGCGGGAGACCUGGUGCUCUCCGGCGAGCUGCCUUACUUAAGCGCGGUGGCGUUCGAGGGCAAGUUCGACACCAGUGGCGCCGUGCCGGUGGCGUACGGCUGCGGCGACUGCGUUGCCAUCACACAGGAGCUCGGCAACCCGAGCGGCGUCAACGCCAACAUCAACUCUGGCUCGUCCAAGAUCAUCAGCUGCGGUUGCGGCAAAUACUAAAAAAAUAUUUGUAUCAUCAUGUCAGCCGAUAGACGUCCACUGCUGGACAUAGGCCUCCCCCAAGGCUCGUCACUCCGACCGAUCCUGUGCCGCUCGCAUCCACCGAAUUCCCGCGACCUUCACCAAAAACAAAAAACAUUUACCAAAAACAUGUAAAAAAACAUUUGUAUAGAAUGUUUUAAUAAAUUGAUAUUUAUAUACGAA